GCGGCGCCUGCAAGCUGUCAGUGCCGGCGAUGGAGCGGCUGCAACGGUGGCCAGUCCAGUCCCAGCCCCAGCUCCAGCUCCAGCUCCGGCUCCGGCUCCAGCUCCGGCUCCAGCUCGGACUGCAGCGCCGGUGCGACGAUGAGCCGCUUCCCGCCACACACUGACCAGCCGCUCGGAGCCGCCCAACAAACAUCUCCCCAAGAGCCUGCAGACCCAGGAUGCCCGGUGGAAAAAGAGGGCUGGUGGCACCGCAGAAUACUUUUUUGGAAAACAUUGUCAGGCGAUCCAGCGAGACAAGCUUCUUACUUGGAAAUGCUCAGAUUGUAGACUGGCCCAUAGUGUACAGUAAUGAUGGAUUUUGCAAGUUAUCUGGAUACCAUCGUGCUGAAGUAAUGCAGAAAAGCAGUACCUGCAGUUUUAUGUAUGGUGACCUGACAGAUAAGAAGACCAUUGAGAAGGUCAGACAGACGUUUGACAACUAUGAAUCAAACUGCUUUGAAGUUCUUCUGUAUAAAAAGAACAGAACUCCAGUUUGGUUCUACAUGCAAAUUGCGCCCAUAAGAAAUGAAUAUGACAAGGUGGUUUUAUUUUUAUGCACUUUCAAAGACAUUACAGUAUUUAAACAACCCAUUGAAGAUGAGUCAACAAAAGGGUGGGCAAAAUUUGCUCGAUUGACAAGAGCGCUGACAAAUAGUCGAAGUGUUCUGCAGCAACUAACUCCAAUGAACAAGUCUGAUGGCGCCCAUAAACAUUCCCGUCUGGCAGAAGUUCUGCAGCUAGGAUCUGACAUUCUUCCUCAAUACAAACAGGAGGCUCCCAAGACUCCACCACACAUCAUUCUGCAUUACUGUGCAUUUAAAACGACCUGGGACUGGAUCAUCCUUAUUUUAACCUUCUACACUGCAAUUAUGGUUCCUUAUAAUGUGUCCUUCAGAACAAAACAGAACAACAUUGCUUGGCUAGUGCUGGACAGUGUAGUUGAUGUGAUCUUCUUGGUGGAUAUUGUCUUAAAUUUCCACACCACCUUUGUGGGUCCUGGAGGGGAAGUUAUAUCUGAUCCUAAACUAAUCAGAAUGAACUACCUGAAAACCUGGUUUGUGAUUGACCUACUGUCCUGUUUGCCAUAUGACAUCAUCAAUGCUUUUGAAAAUGUGGAUGAGGGUAUCAGCAGCCUGUUCAGCUCCCUGAAGGUUGUGCGCCUUUUAAGACUUGGCCGUGUUGCCAGGAAGCUGGACCAUUAUCUCGAAUAUGGUGCUGCCGUGCUGGUGCUGCUGGUGUGCGUUUUUGGAUUAGUGGCUCAUUGGCUUGCCUGCAUUUGGUACAGUAUCGGGGAUUACGAGGUCAUUGAUGAAGUCACCAACAGAAUAAAAACAGACAGCUGGCUCUAUCAACUGGGUCUAAGUAUUGGAACACCCUACCAUUUCAAUGCCAGUGGCACCGGACAGUGGGAAGGGGGACCCACAAAAGAUUCAUUGUACAUAUCUUCCCUUUAUUUUACCAUGACCAGCCUUACCACAAUAGGAUUUGGCAACAUUGCUCCUACCACAGAUGGGGAGAAGAUAUUUUCUGUGGCUAUGAUGAUGGUUGGCUCUCUUCUUUAUGCAACUAUCUUUGGAAAUGUCACCACAAUCUUCCAGCAGAUGUAUGCUAACACCAAUCGCUACCAUGAAAUGGUAAACAACGUGCGUGAUUUUCUCAAACUUUACCAAGUUCCCAAAGGACUCAGUGAGCGAGUUAUGGAUUAUAUUGUGUCAACAUGGUCUAUGUCUAAAGGGAUCGACACAGAGAAGGUACGAGCAUACGAGGUCCUUGCUAUAUGUCCGAAAGACAUGCGAGCUGAUAUCUGUGUUCAUCUGAACCGAAAUGUGUUUAACGAACAUCCAGCAUUUCGGCUCGCUAGUGAUGGCUGCCUUAGAGCACUGGCUGUGGAGUUCCAAACGAUACACUGCGCUCCAGGAGACCUAAUCUAUCAUGCUGGAGAAAGUGUCGAUGCUCUCUGCUUUGUAGUUUCUGGAUCACUGGAGGUUAUCCAGGACGACGAAGUUGUCGCUAUUCUAGGGAAGGGGGACGUGUUUGGGGAUAUAUUCUGGAAGGAGACCACACUUGCUCACGCAUGUGCCAAUGUGAGGGCACUGACUUAUUGUGACCUGCAUAUAAUCCGUCGUGAAGCCUUGUUGAAAGUUCUAGAAUUCUAUACGCCAUUUGCAAAUUCUUUUUCACGAAACCUCAUAUUGACCUGCAAUCUGAGGAAAAGAAUCAUUUUUCGCAAAAUCCUUGAUGUGAAGAAAGAAGAGGAAGAACGGUUGAAGAAUGAAGGGACACUUAGUAUCCCAGUGGAUCAUCCUGUCAGGAAACUAUUCCAGAAGUUCAAGCAACAAAAGCAAUUGCGGAAUCAGGCAGCAGGUCACAGCAACUCAGACAGAAACCAUCCCCAAAUAGAGAACCACUCACUUCAUAAUGGGGCCUCUACCACUGGCACAAGUGUGGUGACAGUUUCUCAAAUCACACCAAUCUCAUCUUCCCUUUCCUUUGUGAGAAAUAAUGAGCAUCAGCUUCAGGCACACCACGAAACAGUCGAGUUGAAGCCAAAUGGAUUGAAUGACCAGCUGUGCUUGAAGGGCAAUAGCUCUAUCCAGACAAAGGCUGGAAAUGGAAAAGGAUGGCUAAGACUUAAAAGUUCCGUUGCCUUCACCGAUCCCUUUCCCGGAUCGAGAGAGGAGAAGAAAGAAAACUGGAACAAUGUCAUCAAAGCUGAAUCCAUGGAAAUUCUUUCAGAGGAAUCAAAAGGUCCUGAAUCGGAGAAUAAUGUCAUAAAGAAUCCUUUGAGGAAAACAGACUCUUGCGACAGCGGCAUUACGAAAAGUGACUUGCGAUUAGACAAGGCAGGUGAGAUCCGCAGUCCACUGGAGCAUAGCCCAGUUCAAGCUGAUGUCAGGCACCCCUUUUACCCAAUUCCAGAGCAAGCUUUGCAGACCACGUUACAAGAGGCCAAAAUGGAACUGAAAGAAGACAUUCAGUCAUUAUGUAACAGGAUGAGUGGACUUGAGAAACAAGUGACAGAAAUCCUUCAAAUACUGUCUGAAAAGAACCUGACGGAAAUGUCUUCUGAGAAGUCUCAACACUCCAGUCAGGAAAUGUUUCAUGUUUCUAGGCCCACAACUCCUUUGUUGGAAGAAGAGGAUGCUCAGUUUUAGUUUAGAAAUUGUAAAGAUUUAAAAUUCACACAAGAGUUAACCAAAUGCACAAGAUGACUGCUUUGACAGUCUAAAGACUUUUGCAUGUCCAGCUGGAUUCUGGCCUGCCAAAGAAAAUUGUUAACAGAAAUAUUGCUUGUAAUUAUAUGGAUAACUGCAUGCACAUAUAAAACCUCGUUUACAAUCCUUCACCAUAUAUCCUGGGUCAUUUUGUGCAGUGCAGUUACAGUUUUUCUCAUUUGGCUCCAGAGCAUAAAUUGCCAGUUGUUCUCUGAGUGAUGUCUCUGAAUGACCACAGGUUUGCAAAUUGAAGUGUUUUGUCCAUAUUACAUGGGGAACUAAUGUUUCUUGCUUCAUCAGGGUCUAUUUAUUGCAUGCUUUGUUUCUUCAGGAUCGGAGAAGAAAGUUGCUGCUGAUGCGUACGUAUCACUGCAAGCUUCAAUUUAGGGGACAAGAAAGUUACCAAACAAACUAACAAGAAAAAUUAAAUUCAUUUCAACACAUCAAAACCUUUUAAGGGAGAAAUAAUUUUGACAUCAAAAUCCAUCUUGAGGAAUUACAAUCAAUUGAAAGCUAUUGUCUGCAUGUUUACAUACACAUGCAAAUACUUGUGUAUUCAUACAUACACAGAUAUGCUGAAAAAAACUGUACACCCCAGCAUUAAUAAAACAUUAAUUAGAGAAAUAUUAAAUCAAGACAGACAAGUCAUUUUUCCACCUGCCACAAAUAAUUUUGAGUUUCUAUAGUUAUGAGUUUCUUUUUUUUUGUUUUAGCUCCACUUAAGCAUUGAAGCUGAGAGAGGUCAGCACAAACACUUGGGUAAGAUUUAGUAUGUUCUGGAAAAUUAGUCUGUCAAAUCUCUGGAAUUGCUUCUAAGAGUUUGCUUUUUCUGGAGUUUACUUAUGAUCAAAUAAAUUUGCCAAUUAUGAGUUCUGGAGUAAACAUAUAAGUUGGAAAUAAGAGCACAUGUUGGCACAAUGAUAUGUGUGCCUACCUGUGGACAGGGCGGUCCUCGUUCAAGUCCCACCUGAUUCAUGGGUGUGUAAGAAAAUGGCUGAACAGGUUGAUUAAUGGAUAUCUACAGGUUAGAUAUGAGCUGGCUCAGGAAAUACCACAGUGCAGGAGCACAACUGAACAGUUAUGUAGAUAGAAAAGCAUCCAUUUUACACAUUAUUUGAGAGAUUUUCUUUUGCUUUCGCAAAAGUGUAACUGUACCUCCAGUUUGUUUUUUCAAACCAGGCUUGCUCAGGUGAUGUGAUAA